CGGGCUUCCGCGUGCCCCAGGGGGGCUCCGGGCCGCCCGCCGCCGGCGAGAGGCUUUUGACAAAAACCCCUUGACCACCAAGGCCAGCCUCUUCCUGAAAGCCCCGCGCGCUCGGAUACAGGAAGUGGAAGCCAGCGAGCGCCCCAGAGCGCGGCGGCGGCGGCGGCGGCUUCCCACUCGGCGCGGGGCUGGCGGCGGCGCCCGGCCGGGCCCUUCCCGAGGGCCAGCGCCAGGGCCAUGCGGGCGCCCGAGGCACGGCGGUCCGCGCCGCCCGGCGCCUGAGCCCCUCCGUCCGCGGUCCCGGAGCUGCCGGCGGCAUGAUCCGACGGGCCGGGGCGCCCGAGCGCGGGGACCCCGCGGGUCCUGUUCCAGAUGUUGGCAAACAAGGAGAGGAAGAAGAGGAGGAAGGUGGCAUGGGGCCCUGUCUGCCGGUCACCCCGAAGAACUGCCUUCCACGGCGGGGCAUCAGCGUCCUGGAGAAGCUCAUCAAAACGUGCCCGGUGUGGCUGCAGCUGGGUCUGGGCCGGGUGGAGGCAGCCAGGAUCCUGCAGCGGGAGGCGGCUGGGACGUUCCUGGUCUGCCGGGACAGCAGCUUGAAGCACCUGGUGCUCUGUGUCCACUUCCCUUCCCUGAACGACAGCUCGUCCGAGGUGCUCGAAUACACCAUUAAAGAAGAAAAAUCGAUACUGUACCUGGAAGGCUCGGUUCUUGUGUUUGAGGACAUCUUCAGACUGAUCGCAUUCUACUGUGUCAGUAGAGAUUUGCUGCCCUUCACGCUGAGGCUGCCCCAGGCCAUCCUUGAGGCCCACAGCUUCACAGACCUCGAGACCAUCUCCAACCUGGGCCUGGGCUUCUGGGACUCCUCGCUGAACCCCCGGCAAGGAGGUGGGAGCCCAGCGGAGCCCCCGAGAGACCCAGCCCCCGGAGCACCACCAGCCUCCAGCCUCAAGUCCAGCGCCCAUUACGAAAACUGCUCAUGUGAAAUCGAACUGUCCAUAGGAAAUGACCGCCUGUGGUUUGUGAAUCCUAUUUUCAUCGAGGACUGCGGUGGCGGUGCCCUGCCUGCCGACCAGCCACCCCCUGAGAGCUGUCCCUCACGCCCGUUGCCUCCCACCUCCAAGUGGGCCCCUCGCCGCCCAGCACCCCCUCCCCCGGCACCCCCUCUCCAUCCCUCCGGCCCCCUCCGGCCUCCUCCAGCCCCUGCUCCUGCUCCUGCUCUGGCCUGUCCUUUGCCCGCUUCCCCCCCAGUGGCUGCUCCCCCGCCUCCAGAGCCCCUUCCUCCCACGCCCCCAGCCUCUGCCCCCCACCCUGCACCCCAUGCCCCAGGCCCCCCAGACCCUCCAAGCCAGCCACCCAUGGCAGCCUGUGAGAGGUCUCCACGCCCUCCCACAGGCCUGGGCCCCCUCAGGGAGGAAGAGGUGAAGCCAGGGCCGCCCCCUAGCCCCUUGCCGCAGACCCCUGCCCCUCCGACACCCGUGAAGAAGAACCUCCCGGCGGCUCCUCCCAGACGCCGCAUCUCUGAGAAGGUCUCCCUGGAGGACCAGAGUGCAGGGAAGGCGGACAGGGGGAUGGCAGCAGAGGGGGACCAGCUGGGUCUUUGUAGGGCAUCCACACUCAGCCUGCCUCCCCGGGGGACUUCAGACAGUCCUGGGGAGCGGCCUCCGAGGACCAAAGAGCAAGGUCAGGAAGCGGUGGCCAAGGCCAGUGAUCCGGGCAGCAUGCCAGAGCCGCCGAGGAAGAUCCGGCAACCCCCAGUCCCGCCCCCCAGGAGGAGACGGAUCUCCCAGCAGCUGGCCUCGGGCCUCGCGAGCCCCUCGGAGAGCACGGAGCCUCCCACGAAGGAGGAAGCCCGUGAGAAACCCACACCCGGUACGUCCAGAGGAGGCCAAAGCCCCGACCCCCAGACCAGGACUCAGAGCCUGCACGCCCAGACCGGUGCCCGACCCCAGAGCUCUCCAGAGUUCAAGGGCUCCCUGGCCUCGCUCGCGGACAGUUUGGGAGUGCCUGCCUCGGCCACAGACCAGGACUCCUACUCCACCAGCAGCACGGAGGAGGAGCUAGAACACUUCGGCAGCUCCGGCGGGAAGAAGAAGCCCUCGGCGGUCCUGGGCAAGGCACGCCACCGCCUCAGCUUCGCGAGCUUCACCAAUGUCUUCCACGCCUUCCUCUCCAACAACCGCAAGCUGUACAAGAAGGUGGUGGAGCUGGCCCAGGACAAGGCCUCGUACUUCGGAAACCUGGUGCAGGACUACAAAGUUUACAGCCUGGAGAUGAUGGCACGCCAGACCUCCAGCACGGAGAUGCUGCAGGAGAUCCGCACCAUGAUGACCCAGCUCAAGAGCUACCUGUUGCAGAGCACCGAGCUCAAGGCCCUGGUGGACCCCACCCUGCACUCCGAGGAGGAGCUAGAAGCGAUUGUGGAGUCUGCCUUGUACAAGUGCGUCUUAAAGCCAUUGAAAGAAGCCAUCAACUCGUGUCUGCGUGAGAUCCACAGCAAGGAUGGCUCGCUGCAGCAGCUCAGGGAGAACCAGCUGGUGAUCCUGGCCACCACCACCACCGACCUGGGCGUGACCACCAGUGUGCCGGAGGUGCCCAUCAUGGAGAAGAUCCUGCAGAAAUUCACCAGCAUGUACAAGGCCUACUCGCCGGAGAAGAAGAUCUCCAUCCUGCUCAAGACCUGUAAGCUCAUCUAUGACUCCAUGGCCCUCGGCAACCCAGGGAAGCCCUACGGCGCAGACGACUUCCUGCCCGUGCUCAUGUACGUCCUGGCCCGCAGCAACCUCACGGAGAUGCUCCUCAACGUGGAGUACAUGAUGGAGCUCAUGGACCCUGCCCUGCAGCUGGGCGAGGGUUCCUACUACCUGACCACCACGUACGGGGCCCUGGAGCACAUCAAGAACUACGACAAGAUCACGGUGACCCGGCAGCUGAGCAUGGAGGUGCAGGACUCCAUCCACCGCUGGGAGCGCCGGCGCACACUCAACAAGGCCCGGGCCUCGCGCUCCUCCGUGCAGGACUUCAUCUGCGUGUCGUACCUGGAGCCCGAGCGGCAGUCGCGGACGCUGGCGUCGCGGACCGACACGCUGGCCGAAGCGCUGUGCGCUCAGUGCGCGGAGAAAUUCGAGGUGCUGCAGCCCCAGGACUACCGGCUCUUCGUGCUGGUCGACGGACGCUGCUUCCAGCUGGCGGACGAGGCGCUGCCCCACCGCAUCAAGGGCUACCUGCUGCGCAGCGAGCCCAAGCGCGACUUCCACUUCGUGUACCGACCCCUGGAUGGCGGCGGGGGCGGCGGGGGCCCGCCCUGCCUCGUGGUGCGGGAGCCCAACUUCCUUUGAGGCCGGGGCUCCCCACCCCCCCCCCCCCCCCCGCCCCCGGCCCCUCCAGUGGCAGCGUUCAAAGCCUGGCUGGCGCGGAAGCGGGCAGACUGGGCUCCGGCUCGCUCACCAAGCCCCCAACACAUGCAUGCAGGAGCCCCCCAUCUGAACACGCGCACACUCCCAACGUGGAUGGGAUGCCCACCUGGCACACUCAUUUGCAACAUACCGAGCAUGCGUAGGCCAACACAGCAGAACAGCUGUGAAGAUCCUGUGAGGAGCGCUCGAGGGGCCAAGUUCUUCGUUAGACACAAGGGGAGACUGAGGCUCAGAGAGAGAAGGGACUCUCCAGCCAGCUGCGGCAAACAGAGCCCAGGCCUGGCCCCCUGUUCACUCACAGCCCUUCAGGCCGGUCCUUCUGCUCCAGCCCCGGCCCGCCCAGUCCUGUCUUUUGUGGGAAGGGCUGACUUUCCCCAGGACUGUCCUUAGGAGGAGCGGCCUGGCCACAGCUGCCCACCGCGCCCCCAGGACGGAGCUGGACGUUUUGGCCCCUCCCAGCAUCUCAGGAGCAUUUCUCAGGUGUGCGUUGAGACGAGCCCCCCCAUCCCUACACCCCCUACACCGGAGACUGCCCUCAGCUACCAGUGCCCGCCGUGGCCCUCCUGCCCCCCAGGUUCUGAGUCCCUCCGGAAGCAGCCAGACAAACACCAGAUCCACCAAGUAAAGGCCGGCUCAGCGUCUACAAGGACAAGUUCAGCUUCGGCCACAGGAGAACACUGACGGAGCCCUUUCCCUGGUGGGCACGCCCCAGGGCUGUGGCAAUGUGGCCAGAGACGCCGUGUGGGGAGAAUUUAAUAAAAGCCCCUUUAAAAAUGG